GAAGGGAAAUAGUUCACCGGAGAGCAAAGAAAGCCAAACAGUGGCAGAGGACAGACCAGCUGUACUACAAGGAAAUUUUACAGUGCAAUCAGCAUGUCAUACACCGAGGAUCAGGUGGAUUCCCUUCCUCGACCGACCUUGAUUGAUUUCCAUGGAGUCUCGAUGACCCACUAUUUCACAAGCAACUGGGAGAAAAUUCAGAGCUUCCAGGCCAGGCCAGAUGAUAUAGUUAUUGCAACAUACCCUAAAGCCGGAACCACAUGGGUCUCUUUCAUCCUUGACCUUCUGUAUUUUGGUCAGACAACUCCAGAGCGUCAGACAUCCAUGCCGAUUCACAUCAGGGUUCCUUUUCUGGAACUCGACAUUCCUUCUUUACUUCUCUCAGGAACAGAAAUGGCUGAUAACCUCCCCACUUCUCCACGCCUCAUCAAAACCCAUCUUCCAGUCCAGUUUCUGCCCAAGUCCUUUUGGGAGCAGAACUGCAGGAUCGUCUAUGUGGCCCGCAAUGCCAAAGACAAUGCUGUGUCCUUCUUCCAUUUUGACCGGAUGAACAAGGUUGAGCCUGAGCCCGGAGACUGGAACAGCUAUCUACAGAGAUUCAUGGACGGGAAGAUGGUUUUUGGAUCCUGGUACGACCAUGUGACCGGCUGGUGGGAGAAGAAACAGACUCAUUCUAAAAUCCAUUACAUGUUUUACGAGGAUUUGAUUGAGGAUACUGGACGGGAAAUCGACCAACUCUGCCACUUUCUUGGACUGUCGCCUUCAGUAGAGGAGAAGGAAAGAGUCAGAGGGGGAGUGCAGUUCGACAACAUGAAGAAGGACAACAUGGUUAACUAUUCUACAGUUGAAAUUAUGGAUUCGAAGAUUUCUCCCUUCAUGAGAAAAGGAAAGGUUGGUGACUGGAAGAACCAUUUCACUGUGGCCCAGAAUGAGCAGUUUGAUGAAGACUACAAGAAAAAGAUGAAGAACACCACACUGCAGUUCCGCACAGAAAUCUGAGGAGGACUGAAGAGGCUGUGCACGUGUAGGGACAGACCAGUCACUCUGGAUGAUCCAGGGUUUUUAUCAUGCCUUAAACCACUUGGGUCCUUUGAGGGGCUUACAGGGCAUCCACUGCUAAAUGAGCUAUAGUUUAAUUUCACUGUAACUGAAUUCACUAUAAAAAGUAUGAGGGAUUAUUUUAAUGUUUUCUUUUUUCUGGUUUAAUCUUACUGUGAUUUGGCAGUGUUCAAGUAUGCCAUCUAAAUAACUGAACCCACUGAAACCUGCAAAGAUUCAGUUGAUUUCCUUUCCUCACAGAAAAGCAGCAAAAAUAAAAAAGUGAAAAUCAGCCAAAGAAAAUUAUGAGUAUAAUCAUCAGAACUGUAUAUUUAAUGUCAGAUCAGUGGUGCUGGAUAGACAUCAGAUGUCUUGUGUUUAAAUGAAAGGAAGUACACAAAAUUACCUCAGAUGGUUUUCUGCGGCUUAUUAAAAGUCAACUUGGGAGUCCAAGAUAAAAGCCCAUGCCUUAAACAAUAUUAUAUGUCAUAAAUAAUUCACUUGUGACAUACUGACACUUAGAAUCUAUGUAGAAGUAGUGUGAAACUGUGAUUAUUGUUUCUGUUGUAAAAUUAUUGUAGGAUUAAUGCACAUAUUUCAACACAAUGCAUAUAUUUUUACACAAUACAAAUUUUUUAAAAUAUUGUUAAAUCACAUGUUUUUAUAUUUUUACAUUCCCUUUCUAUUUCUUAUAAUUUCACUCAUGAUUAUAUUAUGUUUUUCUCUUGAGAAUUUGAGCAAUUGCAUCUGUCCCAAUUUCCCCAUGGGGAUCAAUAAACUAUUUCUGAUUCUGA